AUGAGCCCCGCCGAGCUCACAUCGCACAUCAAGGGCGAGAUGUUCUCUACCGUUGGAACCGAACUCAUGGAGCUCGAGAAUUCGGUCGAGAAAUUCAACACCUUCUUGCGAAAUCACGAGAUGUUUCCCUAUCUCAGCGAAUUCAUUCAGCAAUUCUUCGACCUCUCCAAGCGCGUGAAGACGAGGAUGCAAGACUUGCACACUCUCUACUCAUUCCUGAAUGGUCACCAAAUGUCGGCCUCGAAGACGUCGGCAGGCUACUUCAGCGUAUUGCCGCAGGAGUUGUGCCUCUACAUCCUCUCCUUCCUCGAGUGGCGAGAUCUGUCCAGCAUGAGCCUGCUCAAUCGUCAAUGGCAGAGUCUCUCGCGGGACAAUAUGCUCUGGAAGGCCCUCUGCGCCAAGCACUGGAAGGAAAUGUGGAACUCAUCUUCGAGGGGAGGCUUGUCCUCAUCAUCGACGAACCUGUCUUCCCUCUCCGCUCUAUCCCCCACCUCGUCAUCGUCGUCAGCUGCUGCCGAGCUGGAGGACGACGUCCUCGAGGAGACAGCAGAAGAAGAUGGCGGCCGAGCCACUUCUGAGCCCGUGAAGAAAAAGCUCAAGGUGGACGUCUCGGCGCCGGACGCCUCGACACCGCCUGCCUGGCAGGACGUGUUCAAGAGCCGGCUCUUGGUCGACCGGAACUGGCGGAUGGGCAACUGCGCCGCACGCACUCUUGCCCCCCAGUCAGAGGUGGAGAGUGCCGCCUUUUGUCUUCACUUCGACGAUGAGCGUUUCGUCACGGCCACUGAUACUAUUGAGGUAUUCAAUGUCAACACGGGUGAGCUGAUCCGAACGAUGCGCGGCCACACGGACUCCGUGAUGUGCUUGGACUUCAACAAAAAGUGGAUUGUCAGCGGUUCUAAAGACAAUACGAUCCGCGUGUGGGACGUCAAAACGGGGCAUGUCAAGUACGUACUCGACGGUCAUGCCAACGUGAGCGGAUCUCGAGAUUCGACGAUCAAGGUGUGGGAUCUGGAGCAAGGCGUGCCUUUGCGCACCAUGGUCGGUCAUGCCUACACCGUGUACUGCCUCGAGUUUGAUAACCGCUACAUCAUAUCCGGCUCAGUCGAUAAAACAAUUCGCGUUUGGGAUGUGGAAACUGGGGAGCCUGUGACCAUGCUAAAGGGCCACGGCAACUCCAUUCGCUGCCUCAAGUUCGAUCAAUCGCGACUAGUCUCUGGAGCCUGGGACAAUCAUGUCAAGCUGUGGGAUCUAGAGACCUCCAAGUGUAUCACCGCCUACAAGGGCCACACAGAUCGCGUGAUGUGCCUCCAGUUCGAUCAGAACAAAAUUGUAAGCGGCUCUGUUGACAAGACAGUUCGCAUCUGGGACAUGCGCACGAGUAGUCCUGCCAUCAUCCUCAAGGGUCACAGCUCGUGUGUCUACGACCUGCACUUUGACGACUUCAAGAUCGGUAUCCUUGACCCGUUCCUGCCUCCGUGGCAUGCACAAGAUCUUGGGGUAACUGACUGCUUCAUCCACACAGUGAGCGCAAGCAAGGAUCGAGGUUUGAUCACGUGGGACUUCAAAGCACCGCGCCCACGCGAUCGACUCACCGUGGCCACGCUCGACGGCGAAGGUUGCUACGUGUUCGACGCCGCUUUUGACUCUCCCUCGGCCAGUGCCCCUGCUCCGGCUCCCACGCUGGAGCCGCUUAUCGUGGUUCCCUACGAGCUAGGCGGUGAUCAAAGCGACGAGCGGCCGUCGGAGAGGAUUGAAUGGGAGAACGACACAGAGAGAGAACACCAAGAGGAAGAGCAGCAUCACGAUGCCGCCACGGUCCAGGCCGACGGCAACAACUAUAACGGCGACGGCCACACCAACGGCGACGGCCAUGCGCCGGACAUCUACUACACCAAUGACGACGGCCUCUCCUAG